AUGGGUGCAACAGCUAUAAUUGUAAUCGAUACUGAUAGACAAUAUGAUGAACAAGCUAUUUUUGAACAUAUUAAAAAUAUUAAUAAAGAAUUAAAUGGAAAAGCAAAUGAAAAGAUAUAUUGUGGUAUUAAUAAUUAUCAAGAAUUUUAUGAUAAAAAAAAAUACUGCACAAUGAAAUGCCUUUCAAUUUGUGCACCAGCUCAUAUUCGUGUAUUUGUCUGUUGGAAUUAUCAACCUGAUAUUUGUAAAGAUAAUAAACAAACAAGUUAUUGUGAUUUUGGUGAUAGUUGUAACUUUUUACAUGAUCGUUCUGAUUAUAAACAUAGAUGGCAACAUGAACAAGAAUGGAAUGAAUAA